UCCGGGGAGGGGCCAGGUGAGCGGCAGACCCGGCACGCAGGUGGGGGCCGGCGGGUUCCGUGGCCAGAGCUGCAGAGAGACAAGGCGGCGGCUGCUGUGCUGGGUGCAGUGAGGAGGAGGCCCUCAGUGGUGCUCAUGGCUGGCCAGGACCCCGCGCUGAGCACGAGUCACCCAUUCUACGACGUGGCCAGACAUGGCAUUCUGCAGGUGGCAGGGAACGACCGCUUUGGAAGACGCGUUGUCACGUUCAGCUGCUGCCGGAUGCCGCCCUCCCACGAGCUGGACCACCAGCGGCUGCUAGAGUAUUUGAAGUACACGCUGGACCAGUAUGUCGAAAACGAUUAUACCAUCGUCUAUUUCCACUAUGGGCUGAACAGCCGGAACAAGCCAUCCCUGGGCUGGCUCCAGAGUGCAUACAAGGAGUUCGACAGGAAAGACAGAGAUCUCACUGUGUGGCCCAGGCUGGUCUUGAACUCCAGGCUCAAGCAAUCUUCCCACCUCAGCCUCCCAAAGUACUGGGAUUACAGAUACAAGAAGAACUUGAAGGCCCUCUACGUGGUGCACCCCACCAGCUUCAUCAAGGUCCUGUGGAACAUCUUGAAGCCCUUCAUCAGUCACAAGUUUGGGAAAAAAGUCACCUAUUUCAACUACCUGAGUGAGCUCCACGAAUACCUUAAAUACGACCAGCUGAUCGUCCCCCCGGAAGUUGUGCAGUACGAUGAGAAGCUCCAGAGCCUGCACGAGGGCCGGACGCCGCCUCCCACCAAGACACCACCGCCGCGGCCCCCGCUGCCCACCCAGCAGUUUGGCGUCAGUCUGCAAUACCUCAAAGACAAAAAUCAAGGCGAACUCAUCCCCCCUGUGCUGAGGUUCACAGUGACGUACCUGAGAGAGAAAGGCCUGCGCACCGAGGGCCUGUUCCGGAGAUCAGCCAGCGUGCAGACCGUCCGCGAGAUCCAGAGGCUCUACAACCAAGGGAAGCCCGUGAACUUUGAUGACUACGGGGACAUUCACAUCCCUGCCGUGAUCCUGAAGACCUUCCUGCGAGAGCUGCCCCAGCCACUUCUGACCUUCCAGGCCUACGAGCAGAUUCUCCGGAUCACCUGUGUGGAGAGCAGCCUGCGCGUCACUCGCUGCCGCCAGAUCCUGUGGAGCCUCCCGGAGCACAACUAUGUCGUCCUCCGCUACCUCGUGGGCUUCCUGCAUGCGGUGUCCCGGGAGAGCAUCUUCAACAAAAUGAACAGCUCUAACCUGGCUUGUGUCUUUGGGCUGAAUUUGAUCUGGCCAUCCCAAGGGGCCUCUUCCCUGAGUGCCCUUGUGCCCCUGAACAUGUUCACUGAACUGCUGAUUGAGUACUAUGAAAAGAUCUUCAGCGCCCCGGAGGCACCUGGGGAGCACAGCCUGGCACCGUGGGAACGGGGGAGCAGGGCAGCCCCCUUGCAGAAGGCUGUGCCACAGACACGAGCCACGGGCCUCACCAAGCCUACCAUACCUCCGAGUCCCCCGAUGGCGGCCAGAAGACGUCGCUAGUGGUGCAAGCACUCUGUAUAUUUCAAGCUACCUCCCACACCUGUCUGUGCACUUGUGUGUUUUUGUAAACUUACCAUCUGUAAAAAUAACCAGGCAUUAGCUGAACUCAGAAUCUUCUAAUGAAAACUCCA